GUUCAUUAAACAACAACAACAAUGGUUAUAAAAUGAACUAAUAGCACAUAGUUUUGAGUGCAUUGGGACGCAUAAUAGUAGGAUGCAUGGUUGUAUAAUGUACUAUUUAUAUCAUGCAAAGUAAAAAUGAAAAGAUCUAACUUGCAAUGGUCUUUUCCAAACAAUACUACUUCAGCUUCUCAAUUUCUUUCUUUUAAGUCUAUUCAAGAUCAAGGAGGAAGUCAUAACAAAUACCCUCUUACCUUUUCACAGAGAAUAUUGGGUUUGGAUACUCAAAGAGGAAGUCAAUAUACUAGUCAUCAAUGGCAACCUACAGAUGUAAUUUCAGCUAUUCCACUGUCUGAAAUCAGAAGCUCUCCUGCUGCAAAUCAGAUUAUUCCUGCUACAAUUAGUCCUGCCAUAGCAGCUUCGCCUCCGAAUGGUCCUGUUGUUGGCUCUACUGAUCUCAAGAGUUCUUCAGGUAUCUCCACUGGUCCCUGUCAAUUAACCAUAUUUUACAAUGGAGCAGUUUGUGUCUAUGAUAAUGUGUCUCCUGAGAAGGCUCAAGCCAUAAUGUUAUUAGCUGGAUAUAGUGAAUCAAAUAAUGCCACUGCCUCAUCAACUGCUGCAGUUCCUUCGCCGAUACCAAACGUGCAGCCAGCAGUGGUGAAGCGGCCGCAGGCUAUAGAAACUGCUGUUCUAAACCAGUCUGCAGGAUUCUCAAACUCAGUUUCCUUGGUCAUGCCUGUUACUGCUGCAUCAACUGCUGCACAAGUGUCUCUCCCACACGUGCAGCCAGCUUCGGUGCUGAAGCCGCAGGCAAUAGAAACUACUGUUCUUAAUCAGUAUGCAGGAUUCUCAAGCUCUGUUUCUAUGGUGAAGCCUGUUGUUUCACUGUCUACAGUUGAAGCCAAUCCAAUCAAAUCAGUUGCCAUUCCUGCACUCGUUAAAUGCCCUGAACCUCCUAAAUCAGAUGCCGUUGCUGCAGCUGGUAGUGCACAAAAUACAUCAGCUGUACCUCAAGCUCGCAAAGCAUCUCUUGCCAGAUUCUUAGAAAAACGAAAGGAAAGGGUAACUGCUGCAUCUCCUUAUGUUGCCAGUAAGAAUGGUUCCCAGUGCAGCAAUAUUGGGCCUGGUGGAUCAACACUUUCGGGGAAUUUGAGCCCCUCAAGUCUCCUACCAGCUACCAAUUAGAGAUUUUGUCUGGCCACAGAACUUGUGAAAAUGUAAUGUUAUCAAGAUUUAAGAUAAUCAUAUUCACUCAAGUUAAAAAAUGAUAGACUAUUCCCUUCAAAAAAAAAAAGAUAGACUAUAUAUAUAUUUUAUUUUUUGACUUGAAAUUAAUCACGAUUACAAAUGUUUGUAUUGUUUUCAAUUCAUUAUUAUUGAGGGUAAAAUGUUGAGAAAUGAUACUACUCUUAUAAGUUCAGUUAAAAUGUAACGGUUUCGCUAUAUAUAUUUUUGUAGCCUCUAGAUCGAUAAUGAUCAUGGUCAAAUUCAAUAUUAUUAGGAUUAUCGCUAGUCUAAAAUUUUAAAUUAAUGCACAUCAGGUCCAAAUAUGUGUCAAAAAGAACGGUCAGUUUUGAUAUAAGGGACCAGGCUUAAAUUAUGGGUGAGAUUUAUUUUGCUCAAAUCUAAAAACUUAGGAGUUAGGCCGGUUUAAGUUUUUCGAGUCUAAGGUCUUGAUAUUAAAAGGUACCAUUGAAUUGCUUUUGGGGAGACAUAACCUUGGAGUGAGUUCUUGUUUCUUAUUAAAGAUGAGAUAUUGGUUGUUGUAUAACUCACAUGAGCAUCUUUCAAUCAAUCAAUGUAAGAAUGCAAGUGGAUUUUUUGGUUUCUGCUCGGAUUUCUUCGUGUUUCAAGUUAUGAAAGUAUGAAAUUUGAAUGAUAUUGAGGUGAGUCUGAAAAAUCUAAUAAAGAUUAAAGUUUAUAAAAAAACCGAUAUGCCAUAUACAAAGUUUGAAAGAAGUUAUAUGUUGAUUUUGGUGGCCCAUAUUCCUCUUUGGCCCAAAUCAUAUACCGUCCAUUUAUGUCUAAAGCUAACUACCUAUAUGGUAGUAAGUUUCACUUGUUCAAGAAUUAUCUAGUAAAUUCAUGAUAUGAAGAAAAUAAGGAGGUGAUGCAUGCUAGGAUGCUACGUGGCUUUUACUAGAUGAAUUCUAGAGCAUUCUAAUACCUUCUUGUUCCUAAACUAACCAACAUUGUACACCUAUAAAUAGAGGUGUUGUACUUCAUUUGGGCAUCAUAAAAAAAAACAACCCAAAAUCAUCAACCAACCUCCAUAAACUACAUAAAAGCCAUCCACAUUCUCAUAUAUACACAAUAUCCUACUCCAUUCUUCACUCUAAUUUUCUCCUUUGUGAGUUUUAAUUAACAAUUGUGAGAGUUGUAAUUUCAUCUUUACCUUAUUAAUUUGGGGUAUUUGUACUCUCAUAAUUUUAUAUAGUGGAUUUUGGUGCUCGUCGUCCGUGGAUUUUUUUUUACCUCUAUUUGAGGAUUUUUCCCACAUUAAAUUUUGUGUUCCUUAUUGCUUUUCUUGCAUUAUUUUCUUAUUAAUUUCUCUAUCUUAUUACGUUUUUGCUAUGCUCUUAUACCUAACAAGUGGUAUCAGAGCUAACGGUUCAAUAUGUCGACUGUCACUAAGUUCGUCAUCGAGAAAUUUGAUGGCAAGAUAAGCAUUAGUAUCUGGAGGAUCCAGAUGAAGGCCAUUCUUACCCAGAUUGGAUUAAAAAAGGCUUUAGAAGGAAAAUCUAAAAAGCCGACAACGAUGACUGACGAGCAUUGGGAAGAGAUGGAUGAGAAAGCAAUGUUGCUGAUCCAAUUAUGUUUAGCCAAGGAGGUGUUAUGCGAGGUCAUCCAUGAAGAGACUACAACCGGGUUAUGGUCAAAGUUGGAGUCUCUCGAUAUGACCAAGAGCCUCACAAAUAAACUCUGUUGUAGGAUUAAAAUCAACGGCUAUAAAUGUGACAUGUGGCCCUAUCAUAGCCCUACAGGUGGCACUCUUUUGCUGUUGUAAAGUACAUGGAUCACUGAAAAUGGUUUUCCCUAUUUUCCAUUGUUUGGUUUGGGCUGGAAAAUUGGGCUGUAAAAUAAGAGUGUAAAAUAGUUUUCCAUCAUAACGAAAACAUUUUCCCCCAAAAUUGGGAGGAAAACGUUUUCCUUUCUCUCGACAUAUGACUUUCUCUCUCAUCUAUACUCAGCUCCCUCUCAUAUAUACUCACUACUCAGCUCUCCCUCUCAUCUACACUUUCUCUCUCAUCAAACUGGUAAAUCUCACGCCAUUUUGAAGCAGAUUCUCUCAAUAUGGCUUCGUUUCGUCGAAUUUGUUAGGAAACUAUAAUGGAGUCAAACGAUGUUCAAAAGUCUCAGAUAAUCCGUAAAGGCAUGAUCAUUGGUGUUGUUGCUGCCAUUAUUGCAUCUGUCCUUGCUUUUUUGAAAGCAAAUAAAUCUAGGACUAGAAGAUCUAAAAUAAUUAGGCAACCUUAUGUUAAUAGAGAUAGCUUGAGGGAGGCUAAUAUCGAUAGUGUUUUAUAUUGUGGUGAUAGUCAUUGUCAUGGGCAGAUUCGUAUGAGACCUAGUGCUUUUUAUAGCUUAUGUAAUAUUUUAGUUGAAAAGGGACUUUUGUCGGAAAGCAAGCACAUGAGCGUCAAGGAAUAAGUAUUACUUUUUCUAUACGUGUUGGGUCAUAAUGUGAGAUUUCGGGAUGUUGGGGAAGAUUUUUUCGAUCUACAUGGACUAUACAUUGCUACUUCCAUAUUGUGCUCCAAGCAAUCCUUCGAUUGUACCCAUAUGUCGUGAAACCACCAGGAACUGACUUGCAACCAGACAUUCAGAACAAUUCUAGAUUUUUUCCUUGGUUUGAAGACUUCCACUAGUAGAAAAAGGACGAUUUGCGUCCCCUCAUUUGCGUCGCACAGAGACGGAAACGACGCACAGUUAGGAUUUGCGUCGCAUGUGGGAAGCUGUGCGACGCAAAUCACAAAAAUCUCUCCAGCAGGUGUGCGGUAUAUGCGUCGCACCCUCCUGACAUGUGACGCAAAUUAACAAUGUGCGUCGCAUGUGAGGAGAGUGCGACGCAUAUAAUUAGACCAAUGUGCGUCGCACCUACGAAGCAUACGACGCACAUUACUAAUGUGCGUCGCACCUACGGAGCAUGCGACGCACAUGACUUCUAAAUGUUAAGUUAUAAACUAGCGCUUAACAUUUCUCAAACCCUUAUUUCUAUUUCUAAACCAGCGACUCCCUCUUUCUCUCUCAUUUCGUCCCUCUCAACCAGCGCCUCCCUCUCAAACCCUAAAAUUUCUCUCUCUCAAACCCUCUCUUAACCGCCGCUCCUUCUCUCACGCACAUCACGGUGGUCAAAAACCUUAACCCAUUCAUCUGCUUCACGCCGCUCCUUCUCUCACGCACAUCACGGUGGUCAAAAACUUUAACCCUUCGUCUGCUGCUAUUGUUGCUGUUGUCAAAUUUCUAAAACGCGCCGCUCUUCUCUCACGCACAUCACGGUGGUCAAAAACUCUCUUUCUCUCUCCUCGUCGCCGCUAUUGUUGUUGUUGUGUUCUAUCGGUGUUGUUCGUCGUUAUUUUGUUGUUGUUCGUUGCUGUUUAUCAUUCGAAACUCAAGAACAACGAAGGGAAAUUGAAGAAGAAAAAAUCCUUGCUGUUGUUCGUUGCUGUUUAACCUUCGACGAAAUUAUUCAUUGGUAAUUGUUGCUAAUUAUAGAUAUUUAGGGUUUUCCAGAAUUUUUUUUGUUGUAUUUGAAAAGUUUUUGAGAGAUUUGUUUGUUGUUUUAGAGAAUUUGUAAUUCUUAUUAUUUUUUUUUGGGAUGAGGUGCAGAUCUAAACCUUCCUUUAAUCUAUUCUGUUUUGGAUUUGUAGAUCUACAUGUUUAGUUGUUUUUGUCAAUUUCACUACUUUUGUUUUGUUAUGAUGAUAUAAAAUACAAUGAUUAAAAUUA